UCAAUAAACAUUAAUUUCAAAUACUGUUUAUAUAAAAUACCUAUGAAUAUGAAUUCAGUUCCUGAUAUAACACUAAAGGCACUAAAACAUCAGAUUAAAAUGGUGAUAAAACAAAUGAGUCUUUUCCAACAAGAUGAUAUAAAUAAAGCUAUAACAUUCUUGCAACAAUGUAUUUUAAAAAACUUGAAAAGCAAUGGAUUGACAAUGAUUCCAAUUUUUUUCAAUAAUAAACAUUAUGAUUUUAUGAAAAGUAGUUCAAAGAGUACAAGGUUUGGUGCCAAGUAUUAUAUGGAUAUGAAAACGAAAGGAGUUCUAAGAGUUGUAAAUAUGCCACAAUUCAGAAGUAUUAUUGUUCAUUAUAAACAUAAAAAACUCGGAUUUAAAACAAAAUGUUUAAAAGAAAUUAAGUAUUUCAAACAUAUCAAAACCAGUAGAGAAUCUGAAAAGGAAAAUAACUAUUAUAAUCCACAAUCCAAUACAAGUCUAAUUGAAACUAAUACUUAUGAAACUGAAUUACUUGUAAAUGAAGAAACUGAUGAUAAUUAUUCAGAUACCUCAGAUUUAUCUUCUGGUUUAUCCAUUAAUCAUGAUGGUGGAUAUAAAUGCUGUAAAUGUGAUCUUGUGUUUAUGCAGAAACAGCAGCUAGGCAUACAUCUAAAGAAUCAUAAUAAAUAUAAAUGUCUCGACUGUCCUAUGACAUUUUCCAAUCAAAAACUGGCUUUGAAACAUAAGAAUCAAUCAUCGAAUAAAAAUAGUGACCCUGAUGCAAGUGUGCAUAAUAUAGAGGGUCUCGAAAAAUCAACUUUAAAAUGCUUUAUAUGCCCAAGAACAUUUUAUAGAGUGAAAAAGUUAAAAAAUCAUAUGCAAGCACAUGCUGUUAAUAAUUUAUUAUCUUGCCCAGUUUGUAAGGCAUCGUACAAAACUAGAAACAUUUUAGAACUUCACAUAAAAAGUCACAAAAAUACUUUAGAAUGUAAUUUAAAUGAAAUAAAUGAUAUAAGUGAAGAGAAAAAUGAAAAUAUCACUGAUGUCAUACAAGAAAAUUUAAGUCUUAUAUGUGAUCUAUGUGGAAAAAUAUUUACUAAACGAACUAGUUUGACACAGCACAAGAAAAGAAGUCAUGGCGAAGCUCGCUAUUCGUGUGAGUUAUGUGAUUUUUCAUCAAAGUCCAGCUUUAAUCUAAGAAGACACUUAAUAUCUCAUACUUCUGAACGUCCGAUAAUAUGUGACCAAUGUGGAAUGGCUUUUCGAAAUGCAAGUGCCUUGAAAGAACAUAUUUUGUAUGCUCAUAAUAAGGAUUGUCAGCAUCAAUGUGAAAUGUGUCCAAAAAAAUUCAAAGUGAAAAGUGCAUUGUCGAGGCAUUUGCAAUCCUGUCAUUCAAAUGAAAGACCAUAUGCUUGCCAAUGGUGCAAACAAGCUUAUAAACGUAGUUCGCAUUUGAGAAGACAUGAAUUGCAGAGACAUGGAGAUCUAAAAACAAAAAACCCACAAACAUUGAAUGAUUUAAAAAAGAAUGAUGAAGGGAAAACAUUCAAAUGGAAACACAACAAGAAUAUAUAGAUAAACGUUUCCAUAACGAAGUAUACAUGAAUAUGCAAUGGAAUUCUGAUAUCACCAGUGGAGAAAUAGACAAAGCACAAUUUGAUGAUAAGUUGCACCCAAAUGGCCAAAACACAAUAAUAAAUCUUAUAG